AUGCAGUACUUUAAGGCCUCUUUUAUCUUCCUUACAUUCAUUGGCUGGUCCGAUGCUCGAGCGUGCAAUAACUCGCCAGAACUUUGCUCAAAAUCUUACGAUAGAGUCACGUAUCUCGGCGCCCACGAUUCUCCCUUCAUCCGGGACGCUUCGACGUCGUAUUCUUCGUUCGGGAACCAGUUCUUCAACACGACUACACAACUAAACGCUGGCGUACGCCUCCUCUCUGCACAAGUCCAUGUAGCCUGGAAUAAGAAGACUGGGACGAGGGAACUACACCUUUGCCACACCUCCUGUGCAUUGUUUGACGUUGGGCCACUGAAAGAUUGGCUGUUCGACAUUAGGGUUUGGAUGGACAAGAAUCCAAACGAAGUUGUCACGUUAAUCCUCGUGAAUGGCGAGAGAAUCGGGGCCAGGGAAUUAGAAAGUGAAUACUCACGAGCAGAUAUUGCGCACUAUGGAUAUGUCCCCGAACACGUCGCAAAAGCCCCGCCUCCAUCCAAUGAAACGAAUCCGACAUGGCCAACGUUGAAUAGCAUGAUCGACAGUGAGCAGCGACUCGUUUCCUUUAUUGCACCGCUUACACCUGACCAAGCAAACGCUCCAUACCUACUCAGUGAGUGGGACUUUGUGUGGGAAAACCCUUACGAAGUCACCGACCCGUCAAACUUCACAUGCGACCCUGACCGCCCCCACAAGGUCACGAUGUCGAACGCAAUAGAGUCUGGAACCCUUUUCCUGAUGAACCACUUUCUCUAUUGGCAGCAGGCAUUCGGAAUCCAAGUCCCAGACUCCAGGAUUGUGAAUACAACGAAUGCUUGGGAAGGGCCAGGAUCUCUCGGUGCGCAUAUGUUGAGGUGUUCGAACAUGAUGAUGCGCCAGCCAACGUUCGUUCUCGUCGACUUCUUUAACGUAGGCCCUGCCAUCAAGACUGUCGAUAUAUUUAACAAAGUUUCGAAGCCUGUUGGUCGGAUGAACGUCACUGGCCGUGUUGUCGAUGUGGGUAUGGAUGUGAAUUCAGGAGGAAGGUCGGCGGGGUUGUUUACAGUGAUGGUGGGCAUCGCAGUGGCCAUCGCAGGAGGAUGGAAUAUUCUAUUUUGA